CCUGAAAUAGACUUUGGCCUAGUUAAACCCAACAUGUCGUCAAGUGACAGUGUUCAGGAAAAAUGCCUCCAAACUUACAAUUAUCUGUUCAGGCCAGAUUUACUAAGAGGCAAGGUGGCAUUCAUCACUGGAGGUGGAACAGGAAUAGGCUUUACCAUAGCUGAAAUAUUAAUGAGGCACCAGUGUGAUACUGUUAUUCUGAGCAGACGUCUGGAGAAGCUGACGGAAUCUGCUAAGACUUUGAAAAAGAAUACUGGUAGAGAAUGUAUUCCAAUUAAAAUGGAUGUUAGGAAGCCUCAAGAAAUCCUGGCUGCAGUGGAUGAGGCUUUGGCUACUUUCGGAAAAAUUGAUUUUGUAAUAAAUAAUGCUGCAGGGAAUUUUCUGUGUCCUGCAUCCGCAUUGUCAUUUAAUGCUUUUCGUACUGUGAUGGAAAUUGAUGCUCAGGGAACAUUUAAUAUCAGCAAGGCUGUAUACGAUAAGUGUCUAAAGAAACAUGGAGGUGUGAUUGUGAACAUAUCAGCCACUUUACAUUACAGGGGCUCCCCUCUACAGGUACAUGCAGGCUCAGCCAAGGCUGCUGUUGAUGCUAUGACAAAGCACCUGGCUGUGGAAUGGGGCGAGGAUGGAGUCCGGGUUAUCAGUGUCAGCCCCGGACCAAUUGCAGACACUGAGGGCAUGAAAAGACUGGGUGGUAAGAGGGCAGAGGCCACAGGCUACCAGCGUAAUAUUCCUCUCCAGAGGAUGGGGCGUAGAGAGGAGAUAGGCAAUACGGUGCUGUUUGCUGUCAGUGAUGCCGCUAGCCUGUUGACUGGGACUGUGAUUGUGGCAGAUGGAGGUGCCUGGCUCAGUACAGGAGGGAGCUAUGCUAGCUACAAGCAGAUGAUGGGCAGCAAACUGUGACCUACGGCAUGCUUCUCACAAGCUAAUGAAUAUUUCCAUAACGCAGGAACAAAAUCACAGCCACAUGUAUUUACACAGAGAAAUUAUUGAAUCAUUCUUAUUAUUCUGGCACCACUGUUUUAAUUGUUUACAACGUUUUCAGUUCGUAUAUUGAGGAUAUUUCCAAAUCCACGAAUGGACCAGUAUUAAUGGGCAAAGUGGAAUAAUGGGUCCCUGCACCAUAUAGGUGAAUGAAAGCAAACUAGUGUCAGUGGAAAGAUGACUGAAAGCUAUACUUAAAACUACUAUGACUUAUUUAUAUAUAAUUUUUUCCCCCUUUUUCUAUUCCUAAUAAUCUGAAGACAUGUUUGCAAAGAUUACUAGCCCAGUGGCCAAUCAUACACGUUAAUAGCCUCCAACAAGUUUCAGGCUUAAAUACAUGGUUUGGCAUAAAAAGUUUGUGCUGUGCUUUAUAACACUGUAAGCCUUACCUUAAAAUUUACAUUUCAGCUGAAUUUAAUACAGGUAAGAUAGUUCCUGAUAUACAUGUUUGUGUAGUUUUAAGUGAUCUCUCUGUUGAGGCUCACUUCAUUUUUCCUUAAAUUUAAGAGAGACUACUCAGUGGAUUAAAACUAUCAAAGUUAGAUGAAAAAAGCGAUCCUGAUGUGAACAUGCAUUCAUGUAGUUGGAAUCAUUCUCUGUUGGCAUACAUGUAUAACUGUUUAUAAACAGGCCUAACUCAAGUGCAACGGACAAUUAACAGCACUCCUUAUUGAAUCUACUGCCAAAUAUGGUGACAGUGCUCGUCAGUAUGUGUGAGUGCGAUUCACUUAAGUUUAUUCAGUGAUGAUACUGAUGACCAGGCAGCUGCCUAGUAAUUGUAACGGAUAUCAUUAAGAGUAAUUCAUGAAAGGAUGAAUCAUUUGUGUAUAGUCUAGCCUGUAACGUUCUCUUGAAUGAAGUGUGAAUGGAUACUAGUAAUACAUUCAUUGCACGGUACAUGUGUAAUUGUGAUUCAGAUACUGUAAUAUUGUCAUUGUGUAUAUUAAAGGGUUACUUGCGUAUGUGAUAUAUGUACAUGUUAUUUGUCAUAUAUAAACUGUUUGAUUCAUAGGUCACGUGUAAUGUGAAUUCUAUCUUCAAUCGGCGAUAACAUGGAUAAAAAUUCAGACAAUACUAACGAAGGAGACCAUGCACAUCGCUACAUCCCUAAUGGAUCUGCAAAGGCUUAGGAAAUCUGUUGAACAAUACCGGAGUUUCAUUGACAUGCUCAUUUUUAUACACCACUGGCAUUAGGCAGAGUGAAUUAUAACGAUUUUGUCCAUCUGUCCAUAUUCAUGCCCAUGCUAUAACUCGAACAGUUUUCUCCGUAGUUUUAAAACGUACACAGACGACAAUGUGUCACGACUUACAUUUGUCCAUGUCCGCAGCUGUCAUGGUUACCAGACUGCCAUUUCCCUAUGUAUACUGUAUGCACAGAUGAUUUCAUGUCCGGGAUAUAACUCCAACAGUUUUAAUUUUUGGGGGAUUCAUAGACACACAGAUGACGGUGUGGUACAACUCACUUGUCCAUUUUCCGAGCUGUCAUGGUAACAAGGUAGCCAUUUUCCUUAUAUAUGCUAUAUAAAUAGAUCUUUUAUUUGUUUGAAAACAGCACUCCCCUGUUUUCAACGCAGAAUUUUAAUUUUGGUGGAUACGUAGACAUACAGAUGACGACGCAGUUUUCAUGGAAACCAGAUUUUCCUUAUAUAAACUACAUAAAUAGAAAUGGUUUCGUGCCCGGGUUACAACUCUAUCUGUUUCCGGCAUAAUGUUUGGAUUUGAGGUGGACACCUUUGUCCACUUGUGAUGUUAUAUUCACCCCAGUCCAGCUGGUUACCUUUUAUACAUUUCUGGCCCCGAUAUCACAGUUGGUAGAGCG